AUGGUAUUGAGCCUAAUAUCCAAUGGAGAGGAUAUGCCGCAGUCUAGGUCCCAUUAUAUCCGCGUUCAAACGCUCGGAGCCGAGGCUAUUCCCGAGGCCGAUUCGCUAGCAAUAUCUGAUCAUAAUAGUCAGGUGAUUGAUCAGAUGGAAAGAGCAUAUACCGAAAGACAAGAGCUCCCCCAGGUGAUCGUGGCUAGCCAGCGAGACGAGACGAAUCCAUGGCUUCGGAGGACCCAAUGGGCCGUCUAUCUCCAGGGGAUCAACCCGCACGACCUAGUGGACUGUGUCCGAGCCCCCGAUCCCGAAUCACUCGAUCAGACCGAGCAAGUUGCCUAUGCAAUUUGGAAUUCAAUGGCCGCUGUAGCUCGCAUCAGCCAGUUGAUCUGCACUAAAACGAGCCACACCAUUCGGUGCGAGGCUGUUCGGACUGAACGGGAUCGCCUACCCCAUCAACCACUACAAGCAUAUAUGGAUGCUGAUAACGUUAAGCGACACACGAUCCCGUGGCAGCAGAUUCUCAUGUUUUUCACGCGCACGCAGGCCCCACAUGAUUGGGCUAGCCCCCACUACAGGUUUUCCAAACGCCAGCGAGCGGCUUGGGCCACAUUAUGGAGACUAGCCCAGGCAGAGCUUAGUGCCUCACCCAUCGUAGGCCAGGACAGAGCAGGCCAUUCCAACACAGGGCAGGGCAGGACAGGCCAUUCCAACACAGGCCAUGGCAGGGCAGGCCAUUCCAACACAGGCCAUUCCAACACAGGCCAUUCCAACACAGGCCAUUCCAACACAGGCCAUUCCAACACAGGCCAUUCCAACACAGGCCAUUCCAACACAGGCCAUUCCAACACAGGCCAUUCCAACACAGGCCAUUCCAACACAGGCCAUUCCAACACAGGCCAUUCCAACACAGGCCAUUCCAACACAGGCCAGGGCAGUGAAGAUCUGAGCAGUUCGGACCAAAGCAGUAUACAUUCAGAAAGUGAUUCCGAGGACCAACAGGACCAAAUCACUGGCGAAUCCCCCUUUCAGCUCACUCCCCUUGACUCCGCCUGUCUCGACUUUUGCAUUGAGCUGUUAAACCACCGAACUAAGGUCGAGGACUAUGAGAGCGCGCUCAUCUGCGCUAGCGCGGUGCUUGGACGUGGAGAGGCAGGCUGGGGCACUGCCCAGAGCUAUCCUCCAAUCUUGUCAAAAGUGAUUAAGAUUGCUCGGUUUAUGGUGGUCCACAAAGCAUUAAAGCUAGACCCAACGGCCGAGAAGAUGAUCCACCAACUAGCUACGCAUCAGAUGGCUGGCGAAUGGGAUACAGAGAGUCCGUUAGAUUCACCUGAUUUCACGUUUUUAACGCAAUCAACGGACGAUUCGUUUUACAACGAUAACGGUGGCCUAGAUCAGGGCACACCUCCGUCAUCGCACUUUAUUCAGUUUAGCCAGGGCCAUAGCCAGGUCCACACACAGGGCCACACACAGGGCUAUAGCCAACGGUCAUUCCGGGAGUGGGUGACCGAGAUGGUCAGCCAGUUUAUGGUCCGCGGCACCAACAGUCCAAUGCAGUGGCUGUUAGAUCUACGCACCUACGGCUUAAAGAUCCAUUAUAACAGCACCGCCACAGGCCAUGUUGGCUGGAUGAACCAAGACCAGCUGUUAUAUCAACACUACAGUUUCACUAUGGGUGACUUCCGCGGCUUUACCCACGGCCUCGUAAGCUCCACACGCCAGAUACUACACGAAGAGCUCCUGUUUAGUCAGGCUAGCUCAGUUCCCACGAUCCCGUGGCAGGCUAUCUAUGAUGAUCCCACCGAGACCGCGCACGGGUGGAGCUUUCUGAAAGACACCCUCCAUUUCCGCGAGAAACUAGCUAUUGCUAUUCACGUCAGCGGAGGCCAGCCUGCACGGGCACCAGAGCUGUUAAGCAUUCGGCACUACAAUACUGAUAGUGGAGGCCACCGGAAUGUGUUUGUCGAAGAUGGUCUGGUAGCGUUUGUUACGCAGUACCACAAAGGGUUUUAUAGUACGAACGACGUGAAGGUUAUUCAUCGGUAUCUACCCCGGGAAGUCGGUGAGCUAGUGGUUUGGUAUCUAUGGCUAGUGCUGCCGUUUGUGGAGAGAUUGGAGGCGUACACACAGAAGGUGCGCGGGGAGGCAUCUGAUGCUGAGACGACCGGCCCCCGUCGACAGGCAUAUCUAUGGUCCCCUGACCCUGGCACCGGCCGACAGUGGUCUUCAGAGAGACUCAGAGAAGUUCUAAAGCGAGAAACCACCAUUGGUUUGAACGGGCACGCCAUCAAUCUCCAUGCAUACCGAGACAUCGCUAUUGGGAUCAGCCGACGAUUCAUGCGGCCAUCGAGCAUAUUCCCCAAUAAUGCCCAACAGGACAGCCGGGCCGAGGCAUCCCAAGAAGAUGACGAAGAUGGGAUCAAUGCCGAGCAAUGGAUGGGCCAUAUUGCCGAUCUCCAAGCAGCCCAUUCAUCCCAUGUGGCCGGGAUGAUCUAUGGCCGCGGGAUCACCGAGCAGCCCGGUACAACGGCCCACCGGCGAGAGAUGUUUCGGCUCAGCAGCACCGAUUGGCACCGCUUUCUAGGCUUUGUGUCCGCUGAUGACGGAGGGGCCGAGAGCGCAUUAGGGCUCGCGCAGCCUUCGCCAUGGCAAAAGGAAGCUGAGAUGAGCCGUACGGAGCGCCGGUGGCAGCUAGCUCAGGCCGCCAUCGAGCCCGAAAUGCAACGGAUGAUGGGCAACACCGGGCUACGGCUUCGAGGGGUGCAGGCACCGGCAUUAGCUGCCAUUCAACAGGGCCAGAGCCUAUCCCACGGGGGUACCUGGAGUCACGGUGACUCCAGGUUAGGGUUUUUCUUUUACUAUGGGAGGAAAAGUGGGUCCAUACCCUGA